AUGGCUCCGUCUCGUACUGCAGCGGCUGCAGCGCCAUCUAGAGGCAAGUAUAACUAUACAGAAGAAACACUUACAGGGCAGCUCUCAUGUCCUCACUGUGACGGAAAGUUCAAGCCCCAGGGCUUCAAGAAGCACGAAGCAACAUGCAAGAAGUGUGUGAAUGUCGAGAGGGAACAGGAGACAUUUGGUCUCGAGUAUCAAAAGGACCAGCAACGAGGCAGGCGGCCCCUCGAAUUCAAGACGGAAUAUCACCCGUCAAGUGGUCGUGAACCAUUGCACCAAGCGUUCAACGAAUUUCGUGUUGAUGUACAUGAUACUACUGAAGGGCUUCCUGUCGAUGAAGAACCAUGGCGCCCUUUCUCCUCACGAGGCGACUUCAAGUUUGCGGAAAUCGCACUCGAUGCUUCCCUCAACAAGUCACAAAUCGAUGGACUACUAUCUCUGAUUGCCUGCAUUGCGACAGGCCAGAUUAGAAUCACGCUGAAGAAUGAUACUGAUUUUCGCAAUGUAUUGUGUAGCGCUACCACUCAGGUGUUGCUGUUUACAAAACACGACAUCGCUGUGCCAUACAAACGAGAGGAGCGUGUAUAUGAGGUCCAUGCUUUGCCCAUAUGGGAAUGGGCCCUUGAUUUAUUAGAAAACCCCUUACUCGCGCCACAUUUUGUUUGGGACGCACAACACGUUUAUAAGCAUAACGGUACGGAAUUCGAGCGGUUCUAUGAUGAGCCAUGGACAGCCGAUCGUUGGUGGGACAUCCAGUCUAAUCUUCCGCAUGAUCUCGUUGCUGCCCCCCUUUGCUUCAUAGUGUACGCCGACAAGACGAGACUCUCAUCACACGGUACCGUUAAAGGGUAUCCUGUUGUGGUACGUUGUGCAAAUUUACUGGUAGGAAUUCAGAAUGGUGAGGGCAUCGGUGGCGGUCGUGUUAUUGGUCUGCUGCCUAUCGUUUCCGAGGACGCAAGCGAGGAAGGCAAGAAAAGUUUCACCAAUUUGAAGUGUGUCAUAUGGCACGAGUCGUUUGUGAAGUUCCUGGAACUGGUCGUGCAGUACUCGAAAACGGGAUAUUUGUACAACUGCUUCGACCAGGUCCUACGUUGGCUAUUUCCCAUCAUAUUGAUACUUUCUGCUGACUAUGAAGAACAGUGUAUGAUGUCACUGAUUUGUGGCCAUCAUAGCAAGUGUCCAUGUCCAGUGUGCAUUGUACCGCUUGACGAACUGCAUGAUCUCUCGAAGUCGUUUCGAUUGCGAUCAAUGCAGGAUGUGAUGACUGCACUUGAUGUCUAUGAGGAAAGCAAGGCUCGCGGCGAGGAACUGUUGAAGGCGCUCGGAUUGCGCGCUGUCAAGAAUGUCUUAUGGAUUGUCGCGCACUCUGAUCCCCAUGACGCAAUCAGUCUCGACCGCUUACACGCCCUUCAUUUGGGACUUUGGAAGCACCUACUCAACGAAUUGAAAAAGAUUCUCAAAUCCUUGGGACGCGAGGCAGAAUCAUUAUUCGAAGAGGAGGUCGCUAAUUUCCCUCGGUGGCGCGACUGCAAUCAUUUCAACACCGUUAUUCACAUGUCGUUCAGCGAUGGCAAUAAGAUGCAAGAUCUAUCUAAACAAUCUUUCUACGCAGCAUUGAGCAUUUUGAAGCAAAGUAAUAGCCCAGAAGGGAACCAACUGCUUCGUCUCAUCGGCAGCUAUCUGCAGCUUGACAGUUAUAUUGGUCUCGAUGUACAUACAAUGAGCACUCUGGACGCAAUCGAAGCUGAAUUGCUUGUUUUCAAUAAUGCACUCAAGGACUACGUCCAAUGUGCUGCAGAAUCUUCCAUUGAAGAUCUAAGACUCGACUGGAACUUCCCAAAGGUUCAUUUAUGGAAACACGCGACCCGUGAUAUUCGAAUGAAAGGCGCAGCGCGCAACUACACCACACGUCCGAAUGAAAAGCUUCACGGCCCUUUGAAAGAGGCUUAUGAGUGCCAAUCGAAUGGAAAGAACGUGGCUGAACAGAUUCUUCGUGUCAACCAAAAUAAAUUCGCAGUCAGCCUGUUGAGAGGACAUGUCGACACAUUUGACGAGCAGCGCAACCACAAGGACAAUGAAGUUGAUCUAGGCGCUACAGCUGAAGACAAUCUAGAUCCGGCUGUUGCACAAGGACAUAUCAAACUCGGUUCGCCACAGCAACUCGUAUCUAUACAGGACAUCGAGAACGCCUGUAGCCCAGCUGAUCAUGCUUUUCAAGACUUUCGUAGGAAGUUCUCUACAUUUCUCAAUACAUCUUUACCUGGGUAUGGAUAUGAACUGAGGAGAUGGAUUACACUACCCGCCAAUUUCCAGAUUUGUGAAUAUCGCUACCUCAAGGUAAACUAUGAAUCUACCGUCGACUGGAAACAAGCUACCGAUUACCUUCGGUGCAAUCCGAGUUUCCAUGGCCAACCGCGCUACGAUUGUGCGCUCAUACAGCUCACUCCGGAACGAUCAGCAUUCGUCAAACUUAUUCUUAUGUUCAAGUGCCAUCUCCCAGAUAUCGACGGCUCUUUUAAUUUUGCACUGGUUCAGCCAUACACUGCGGGCACUGGUGCUCAUCGCAGAAUUGACCGUGAACUCAAGCUCACUUGUGUCAAGGCUGUUCCUAGAGCAAACUCUAUAUUUGUUCCACUCACGUCUGUCAUCCAUGGUGCUGUUUUGUUCCCUGACCAUGACCAUCAAGGUGAAUUUAUCAUUGUUGAUCAUAUUGACAGUGAUAUGUUUCUUCGCAUGAAGACACGGGCACGCCAGUGA